GGGCACUGGGUCAUCAGGCAUUGGAUCGUCUGGCUCGACAGCGGGCAUCGGGUCAUCAGGCAUGACAGCGGGCACUGGGUCAUCAGGCGUUGGAUCGUCUGGCUCGACAGCGGGCAUCGGGUCACCAGGCAUGACAGCGGGCACCGGGUCAUCAGGCAUGAUAGGAUCAUCAGGCUGGAUCAGUUCAUCAGGCUGGUACAGACAUCAGGCUGGGUACAGACAUCAGGCUGAAGUGCGGGUGCCGAGGCACCAGGCUGAACCACGGAAGGCAGGUUCUCAGACGGCAGGCUCACCGGUUUGGAUACUGGCAGGAUGGUAUUGGUUGGAAAGAAUUUUCGCUUUUUUCUGGUUUUAACUACUGG